AUAUAUUUGCCGAAGCAAACGAAGAGCAUUUCGAAACCAAAUCUCAUAAAACCCACCCAAAAUAUUAAGAGUAGAUCGAGAGAGAUCGCAAUGAGGAAGUGGACUCUUCCGUCCGUUUUGUUUCUGAUAUGUCUCCUCUUUCUUCUUCCAGAUCAAGGUCCAAAGUUACAUGCGAAUGCUGAAGCUGAUUCAGAUAAAUUAGUGGAUCCACCCAAGAUUGAAGAUAAGCUUGGUGCUGUUCCACAUGGUUUGUCUACUGAUUCGGAUGUCGCCAAGAGGGAAGCUGAGUCAAUGUCCAGGAAAAGCCUCCGCAGCAAUGCUGAGAAGUUUGAGUUUCAAGCUGAAGUAUCUCGGCUUAUGGACAUCAUUAUCAACUCUCUUUACAGCAACAAAGACAUUUUCUUGAGGGAAAUAAUCUCCAAUGCAUCUGAUGCUCUGGACAAAAUUAGAUUCCUUUCUCUUACUGACAAGGAGGUGUUAGGUGAAGGUGAUGACACCAAGCUUGAGAUCCAGAUUAAGUUAGAUAAAGAAAAGAAAAUCCUUUCCAUCCGUGAUAGAGGUGUGGGUAUGACAAAGGAGGAUCUAAUCAAGAACUUAGGAACAAUUGCCAAGUCUGGAACUUCAGCUUUUGUGGAGAAAAUGCAGACAAGUGGAGAUCUUAAUCUCAUUGGUCAAUUCGGUGUUGGGUUUUACUCUGUAUAUCUUGUUGCUGACUACGUUGAAGUCAUCAGCAAACACAACGAUGACAAACAGUAUGUUUGGGAGUCAAAGGCUGAUGGGGCAUUUGCAGUUUCUGAAGAUACAUACAAUGAGCCACUUGGUCGUGGAACUGAAAUUAGAUUGCACUUAAGGGAAGAAGCUGGAGAAUACCUUGAAGAGUCAAAAUUGAAGGAUUUGGUGAAGAAAUAUUCUGAAUUUAUCAACUUCCCAAUUUACCUUUGGGCUACCAAAGAGGUUGAUGUUGAAGUCCCUGCUGAUGAAGAUGACUCCAGUGAGGAUGAAGAAAAACCAGAAUCAACAGAUGGGGAUGAAGAGAAGGAAGAGGAAGACUCUGAAGAUGAACAAAAACCAAAAACCAAAACCAUUAAAGAAAAAACCUUCGAAUGGGAACGUUUGAAUGAUGUUAAAGCUAUUUGGUUGAGAAGCCCAAAGGAAGUAACCGAAGAAGAAUACACAAAAUUCUAUCACUCUCUUGCCAAGGAUUUUGGUGAUGAGAAGCCAAUGGCAUGGAGUCAUUUCAAUGCAGAAGGUGAUGUUGAAUUCAAAGCUGUUCUUUUUGUCCCUCCAAAAGCUCCUCAUGAUCUAUACGAAAGCUACUACAAUUCAAACAAAUCUAACCUCAAGCUUUACGUUAGAAGAGUAUUCAUCUCAGAUGAAUUCGAUGAGCUUCUACCCAAAUAUCUAAUGUUCUUAAUGGGUCUUGUUGAUUCCGACACUUUACCACUUAAUGUCUCACGAGAAAUGCUUCAACAACACAGCAGCUUGAAAACAAUCAAAAAGAAACUCAUCAGAAAGGCCCUUGACAUGAUCCGUAAACUUGCUGAAGAAGACCCCGAUGAAUCCCAUGAUAAAGACAAGAAAAGUACAGAAGUGGAAGAAUCAAAGGAGAAUGAUGAGAAGAGAGGUCAAUACACAAAAUUCUGGAAUGAAUUUGGAAAGUCAAUAAAACUCGGAAUCAUUGAAGAUGCAGCAAACAGAAACCGUUUAGCAAAACUCCUCAGAUUCGAAACAACAAAGUCAGAUGGGAAGCUGACAUCACUGGAUCAAUACAUCUCAAGAAUGAAAUCUGGACAGAAAGACAUCUUCUACAUCACAGGAAGCAGCAAAGAGCAGCUUGAAAAAUCCCCGUUCCUAGAACGCCUCAAGAAGAAAAACUUUGAAGUGAUUCUGUUCACAGAUCCUGUGGACGAAUACUUGAUGCAAUAUUUAAUGGAUUUCGAAGACAAAAAAUUCCAAAACGUGUCAAAGGAAGGUUUGAAACUCGGAAAGGAUUCAAAGGAUAAAGAAGUGAAAGAGUCGUUUAAAGAGCUGACAAAAUGGUGGAAGGAAGCUCUUGCGAGUGAAAACGUUGAUGAUGUGAAAAUUAGCAACCGUUUAGCUGACACCCCGUGUGUAGUUGUCACAUCUAAAUACGGAUGGAGUGCUAAUAUGGAAAGAAUCAUGCAAUCUCAGACUCUGUCUGAUGCUAGUAAACAAGCGUAUAUGCGUGGGAAAAGAGUGCUUGAAAUUAACGCCAGGCAUCCCAUUAUUAAAGAGCUUCGUGAGCGAGUUGUCAAAAACCCUGAGGAUGAGGGUGUGAAGACAACUGCACAGCUGAUGUAUCAAACAGCUUUGAUGGAGAGUGGAUUUAUGUUGAGUGAUCCAAAGGAGUUUGCGUCGCGUAUAUAUGAUUCUGUGAAGACGAGUUUGAGUAUUAGUAAGGAUGCGGCUGUGGAAGAAGAGGAUGAGGUGGAAGAAGUAGAGGUUGAGACAAGCGGAAAGGAAGAAAGUGAGCCUGCUAGUAGUACACAGGUGGAAGAAGAAGAGUAUGAUGUGAAGGAUGAGCUAUAGGUUUUGUGUUUUUGAAAGAAUAUUUGAGUCGGUUGUGUUAGGUUUAAAGAUUUCAUGUCAAAAGAUGCAGAGGGAGAUAUUAUAUUGUACUCUACAAUCUACAUACAUAAUCUGUUAGGCAGGAAGGAUUUUGUGGUGUUUGGGUUUUACUUACUAGUUACUACGACGUUCUCAGGUGUUUUAAUUAUAUUCAGGAGGAUUAAGUGUUUUUGGUAA